AUGGUGGACCCACGCGCAGUAUCUUUCACCUUCACCACCGACAACUCCAUCAGCAUUUCUGGCAUCGAUGUGGCAAAGCUCAAUCAAGUGGCGUCCGCCGUACAGAAUGAGCUGAUGACUGGGCUCGGAGAUUACUGCGAGGAGGGUAGUCGUGGAGACAUCCGCCACUUGCAAAUGCCAAAAUUCUUUCAACUGCUCGAAGGAGUCCACGCGCUGAACACAAUCCUACCGAAGAUUCUGACCGCCAUCAACCGGGAAAAUGGGUCGGAGCCGGAGACACCAGCGGCCAAGUCAAGAGAAGAGGGUAUGCUGGGCGGAAAGACCAAGACAUUGACUGCGCAGGUGCAGACGCUGCAAGAACAGUUCGAGAAGAUGCUGGCGAAGAAUGGGGAGCUGGAGACAAGACUUGGAGCCAUCACUAUUGAUGCAGAGGAGGCUCGGAAGCAAACAGAAGCGUUGCAGCAGGAAAGCGAGACCCAUCGGAAGGAUAUUGUGCGCCUUGAGAAGAAGGUGAAAGAGGCAGAACGCCGGGGACCAAGCGCUGUUGCUGUCCGACUCGAAGAACAGAUGAACACUCUACAGCGAGAGGCAGACACAACCGCAGCAUACGUCGAUCAACAGUUAUCAGUGUAUGAGCAAGAUCACGGCCCCAAGCUCGACUACAUUUUCAGGCAGCUUGACCUGCUGGCAUCCAGGGACAUACUCAUCAGCAACUGGUACGACCCGGCAGCAGACAUCGCUCCACACUUCGAGGAGCUGACCGCACCGAAUCCCGUCAAAGUACUCGGCUUAUGCGUGCUCCACAACUGCGCUGGUCAACCCGCCGGUUUCGCAGUCGUUGCAUUCUACACCGUAACGGACACCAUGCGCGCCAUUGCAAGGCUUGAAGAGAUUCUUGCCAUCAGAGACGACGCCGUGAAAGCCCAUGAGAUCUACUAUCCUCGCCGACACAAUGUUCGGCCCGGAGACAGGAAGAUCCUCAUGACUGGUCUCACUGCCUUGAUCGGCAGCACAAUUAAGCAGACCUUGCUUGCGUUAGGCGUGAUCAGCAUGCAGCGGUCUCGGGCUGAAGGGUGGGAGACUUUGUUCUAUGAUGACAAGGGCCAGUUCGGUGGUCAGGCAUUGAUCGAGCUUGAGGAUUAG